AUGCCGUCCAAUAUUGAGCAGGAGAUCAAACUCACGCUGUGCGACCCUAAUUCGUACGCACAAGUCCUCACGGAACUAGACAAACAAGCAAAAUAUAUAGGCUCGGUGACCCUAACAAGCACUUACUUUGACACUGCAACUCACGAGCUGGCCCAUCAGAAGGCAUCCAUGCGUCUUCGUGAACUGAAGACAGCGACAAGCAUUUCUUACACAGCCACCUUGAAGGCAAAGUCGAGCAUCACGGCUGCAGGAGUCUUUCGUGCAAUAGAGGAGGAGGUCCACAUCUCCAAAGAGGACUAUAGCGCUCUGAUGGGCGAUUCGACAGGGGAAAGAGUGUUAUCAUUUUUCAAGAACAAUGUAUGUGACCUUCAUACGGUUUUAGACAACGCGAUUGAAGGAGCACUUAUGAAGAUUGCUUCCUUUACAACUAUGCGACGCAGAUACACGUAUAAAAAGCAUACCCUGGAACUAGAUAACGUCAUAUUCAUUGUGCCCAGGCCGGGCCGCAUGGUAGAGUUGGAGUGUGAAACUGAGGAGCCUCAAAAGGCAAUGGAAGACUUGCGUGCAUUCUUUUCCACCAUCAACGUUAUGUUUACCCACAGUACAACCACAAAGCUCGGGAGGGCUAUGUCAUUAACUACCAGUCCUGCAACUCCUGGAUCUGCUACCGGCACACCACGUCUCAGAGUGAGCCUUACUGGCAGCUUUGCUGGGAGCUUUACUGGGAGCUUUGUUGGCAGUCGACAGUCGAAGUGA